AUGGAGGAUUUAAUUAAAACGAUUGUUGUUGUCCUGCAAGCUUCUGGUCUGUCCAUAACUUAUGCCGAGGUUCCAGACUUUGCACUUCAGUUGAAGCUGCUGAUUAUUUCGAGGACGUUUAGACUGGACGACCCGACAGAAGAGGCAUUCGUCGGCAGCCAAUGUUCAGUCACAACCGUUGGAACUGCUUCGAACGCAGUUUUAUGCUUGAGAACUGAGCAGAAGUACAACCAGGUAGUAUCGAACACCUCAUUCAUGGUCGACAACUGCCCACCAGCAAUAAAAUCUACAGAGAUGUUUCGGAUCAAUGUCCCGCUACUCAGCUUUGUAAAGAGAAACAACAAAGUUCAGCUCGAUGACUCCCAGCCAACCACUUCGUUUGGACUGGGCAUCGACGAUAGAUAUUUUGUUUUUGUCAUUCAACAACAACAAUUAAACCAGCUGAGUAAUAAACAAUCGGAAGGCCUAGCGUUGUGGGAUGGUCUAGAUGAGAGUCCUAGUCGACCGCGCGAAGAAACUUUUGUCAAUCUGCACCACGUGACCAGUAGCAAAAACUCUGAUUGGAUGAUUUCGAACCCAGUAAUGACAACCAACUGUCCACCGGCUGACAUCAAUUUAAUUUUUACAACGUCAAAGUUCAUCUUGACAAAGUCAAUAUUUCCCUAUAUAUACAGCAAGGAGCACUGA